AUGUCUACAAUAUCAAACUUUCCUGUUUCUGCCUCUCCUCAUAACAGUUUGAACAGCUGUAAGGGGAUCAUUCGAGACAGAAGUCAAUACCUUGGUGACCUUACCGUGGAAGAAAUCGGUGAGGAACUUUCAAGCCAAGGUGUAACUAAUGUUAUUAGAUUUCAAAUUAAAAAGAAUGGAAAUAUAAUCAAAUUAAAUACUUAUCUUUUGACCUUUAGAACUCCAACUCCUCCUCCAUCUAUUACUUUAGGUUGCUUCGGAAUCAGAGUUGACAUGUUUAUCCCUAACCCAAUUCGAUGCUUUACUUGUCAAAAGUUUGGUCAUGGGAGCAAACAAUGUCGUGGUAAGCAGAGAUGCUUCAAGUGUUCUGACGAAGGACACGAGGGAACAAACUGUCACUCUGAAUCUUCUAAAUGUGUAAACUGUGGUGAAUCCCAUUUUUCAUCGUCUAGGGACUGCCCUGUUUACCUUAAAGAAAAGAAUAUUAUUAAAAUUAAAACAGAAAGAAACAUUAGUUACCCAGAAGCUAAACAGAUAGCUUCUGUUUCGAAUGAUCUCCUUGUUUCAAACAGACCAUCGUACGCCAGCAAAGUUGUCCGCUCAUUCAAAACAGUAGAAAUACACAAUUGGAGCGGUGAAUCUGUCUGGGAUCUUCCCAAUGACAUAGAUGAUUCUUCCACCUCCAAAAGUCUUCCUUCAUCUGCAUCCAAGAAGGUAUCUUCUUCGUCCAGUACACAGUCUACCAGAGCCCCAUCUCCUCUUCGUUCUCAAGAAAAGAAGGAUGUCCAAAAGAAGCCAGGAAAUACAUCCUCUCAGAAGUCUUCUGAUUCGAGGUCGCGGGGUAGGGGUCGAGGCGGAGUAACACCAGCUGCGCGUAGUCCUGAGGAUCGACGACUCUCCUCGCACAACAGAUUUUCAACACUUAUCAUCGAAACUGAAAUGGAAACUGAAAGUGUUCCGCCACCCGAAAGAUCACGAUCUCAGGGUGAGCGAAAUAAGAAUGCUGGCAAACUCGAAAAAAAACUUUAA